AUGGGCAAGAAAUUAGGAGGUGCCAACACGAAAGUCGAAGCUGCUAAAGCCAAGAAAGCGGUCGUUAAGGCUACGAAAGAUGCUGCAAAAUCUACAGCAGACGCUGCUGCUGAAGCUGCAGAAUGGGCCAAGGGUUCGGACACACGCGCAGAGCGAAAGCGUCAAGAUGAAGAGCGAAAACGUGCAGAAUUGGAAGCUAAAAAGGCUGAAAAACAAAAGCUCUUGGCAAUGGAAGAACAUGCAUUGGAGGAAGACAAACACGCUAUUCGUAAGCAAAAGAAGAUGGUGAAACAGGUGGCAAAGCCGUGGGAAGAGGCACUGAAACCUACGGCCAAAAAAAACAAUCGUGGCUCGAAAAAGCAGUCGAGCUUUGGAGGAAGUACUGAGAAGCUUACACAGGCUGAGAUGGUGGCUCUGCGAGAGGCUGAAGAAACUCGAGUAGCUGGUAAACCAGGCAAAAAGACAAUCAAAUUUGAGAGCAAUUUCCAGGCCAAUCAGAACAGAAAUCAGGACGGACUGACGGAGGCCCGAAGUCUGGAUGCAGCGCUGGAUCUGCUGACGGUGGGUGACAAGGAGGUAGAGAAGCACCCAGAACGUCGAGCAAAGGCGGCUUACAAGGCUUUUGAGGAAGUCAUGAUGCCACAGCUCAAAGAGGAUUAUCCGGGCUUGAAACUAUCGCAGUAUAAGCAAAAACUCAGCGAACUGUGGCGCCGUUCUCCAGACAACCCGCUGAACCAGGAGAGUUUGGCUUACAAUGCCAAGAAACAGUAG